CUUCGACCUCAUAUCUCAGUGAAAGCAUUGGAAAUUUGGAAUACAUUUUUACACUACAAUAUAGUUAUUCAAUAUACGAGACACCAUGACACAAAUCGAUUUAAUAGCAAUCAUAUAUCCCAAGGAGGGAAAAGCAGAUAGAGUGAGCACUGAACUCCACCCGCACAUUUCCGUUUCCUCGUAACCAUUAACCCCUAUCCUCACUAGGUUGCGGAACUCCUCAAUGAGAUAUCUCAAUAUAUCAAAGCAAACGAGCCCGGAACAUUGAAAUAUGAGGUUAACAAGGAAGUUAAUAAAAAGUCUGGUGCUGAGGAAAUUAUUUUAGUGGAGAGGUGAGCAUGACAUACAUACAUACAUACAUAGCCUGCGCCAUCAAUACAUGAAUCAUGAGACUAAUCAAUGAAUUACUAGCUAUAAGGAUAAGGCUGCUAUCACAGCGCAUGGAGCUUCAGAGGCAUUCAAGGCUUUUGGGAAGAAGUUGAAGGAUGAGGAUGUGAUUGCUAAGCCUAUGCAAUUGAAGUUUUUGAAGAAUGUUGGAGGUUUCUCUUCGAGGCUGUGAGGAUGGAUGAAGGGGGCGAAUAGCAGACUUGUACUUGACGAGAUAUCAGGGAGUAGAUGAGGAAAUGCCACGGAUAGAUGCACAUACUUUACUGCUGAAGUCAAUCGAUGUUUAGAUGUGAGCGGUGGCACUUGAUUGGUCAGUGACUCGGUGGUUGUCGACUUUUGUUGAAGAUCUAGAUGGGAAUGUAAAGCGAGAAAGCGUAUCACGUAUCA